CCUACUAUCUUGGCCUCCUGAGUGACAAGAACUACAGCCUGGGACAUGAGACUGAAAAUGACAUCUCAGAAUAUUCCUCAGAAAGAAUUAUCCUCUGACAUAAAAAUGGAAGGAUUUACCAGGGAGGCUCCUUGUUUCUCCAUUCUAGGUGAUGAUUGGGACUGUGAGAACCAGGAGAGACAUUUGAAGCAAUCAACUUUAACUCUGGAGAAACAAGGGGUUCAGGAAGUAAUUUGUGAAUAUUCUGGUUUUGGGAAACAUUUGAACUCAGACCUUUCCCCAUCACGGAGAGUUCCUACAACCAACGGCUUCCAUAUAAAUGACUCAGUUGUUAGAAGUUUAGAUUGUGACCCAACCUUACACAGUUGUACGAAAAGCUAUACAGCUAAGAGAACUGGUGACAGUGAUGCCUGUGGGAAAGCCUUUAACCAUUCUAUGGAAGUUAUUCAAUUUGGGAGAAAUCAAAUCAAAGAGAAACCCUAUAAAUACCCUGAAAGUGUUAAAUCUUUUAACCAUUUUACCUCUGUUGGUCAGCAAAAAAUAAUGAAAAGAGGCAAGAAACUGUAUGAAGGUAAGGAUUUUGGGGACAUCUUUACCCUGAGCUCAUCUUUUAAUGAAAACAGGAGGAAUCGCCCUGGAGAGAAACAGUAUAAAUGUACUGAAUGUGGCAAAUGCUUCAAACGGAACUCAUCUCUUGUUUUGCAUCAUCGAACUCACACCGGAGAGAAACCUUAUACCUGUAAUGAGUGUGGAAAAUCCUUCUCCAAGAACUACAACCUGAUUGUGCAUCAAAGGAUCCAUACAGGAGAGAAACCCUAUAAAUGUAAUAAGUGUGGGAAAGCUUUCAGUGAUGGAUCAGCUCUGACACAACACCAGAGAAUUCACACGGGUGAGAAACCUUAUGAAUGUCUAGAAUGUGGGAAAACCUUCAACCGAAAUUCAUCCUUGAUUUUGCAUCAAAGAACUCAUACAGGGGAAAAACCAUAUAGAUGUAAUGAGUGUGGAAAACCCUUCACUGACAUCUCCCACCUCACUGUGCAUCUUAGAAUCCACACCGGUGAGAAACCCUAUGAGUGUAGCAAAUGUGGAAAGGCUUUCCGAGAUGGCUCAUACCUCACCCAGCACGAGAGGACUCACACUGGAGAAAAGCCCUUUGAAUGUGCGGAGUGUGGGAAAUCCUUCAACAGAAACUCUCACCUCAUUGUGCAUCAGAAGAUCCAUUCUGGGGAAAAGCCCUAUGAAUGUAAAGAGUGUGGGAAAACGUUCAUUGAGAGUGCAUACCUCAUCAGGCACCAGAGAAUCCACACUGGGGAGAAACCCUAUGGGUGUAACCAGUGUCAGAAGCUUUUCAGGAACAUUGCUGGCCUCAUCCGGCACCAGAGGACUCAUACUGGUGAGAAGCCCUAUGAAUGUAAUCAAUGUGGCAAAGCUUUCAGGGAUAGCUCCUGUCUGACCAAGCACCAGAGAAUUCACACUAAGGAGACCCCAUACCAGUGUCUGGAAUGUGGGAAGUCCUUCAAGCAAAACUCCCACCUGGCAGUACAUCAGCGACUUCAUAGCAGAGAGGGAUCCAGCCAGUGUCCUCAGUGUGGGAAAACGUUCAGAAAGAGCUCAUCCCUUGUCCGACAUCAAAGAACACACCCUGGAGUGCAACCCAUGGAAGCAUAAUAAUGUCUGUGAGUCACACUCUUCUCCCAACUUGUUCUCAAAAACCUACAUGAAGAAGUGUGCCUUCCAAUAUGACUCCUUCCUGGUCAAUAGAAAAGAAUUCUUCAACCUAUCUGGUGAAUUGACAAAUGUAAGACAUUCCUUAGCCAUGUUGUUAAAUCUGUUUAUUAGGGAACACCUGGAGAGAACACGGGAUGGUAAUAUAUGUGGAAAAGGCUUCAGAGAUGAUUUCAGCCUGUACCAAAGUAACAGCAUAUACACUGGAAUAAAACGUGAGAAUGUGAGGAAGAUUCUUCCCUUGAGAUAUCCACCCAUUUUUGCAUCAGAAUGCUUAAACUAGAAAGAAUCUGUGAAUGUAUUCUGUAAGUAACUGGUAUGAGGAAUCCUUUAAUAGGGGGUUUCUACCUUAUAGUAUGUAAACUCUUACUAAAUCAAACUUUUAAGGUAUAAUCAGAAGAUACUUUUGGCAGGGUGGUCUCUUACUAUCUUUUCUAUAUCAGUAAAGAUGUACUGUUGAGAGAUCCCAUUCAAAGCUCCACCCCAUAGCACCAUAGAAUUAUAGUUAGAUUGUGCAGUUUGAAUGAAUUUCUUUGUUAAAAUCUUGCCAGAACACUGAGGACUCAUUUCAAAAGGGGAAACUGGAGGAAAAAAUUGUUUCUGAAUGAACAGUGAAGUUGUUCGUUUUAAGACUAAAGCUCCUACUAAGAUGGAAAAGGGCUGCUUCCAAGAAAUGUGAUUUGAUACUUUGAUUGUUGAAACAAAAAAAUAGUGAGUUAUGGUUAGGUUAUUGCCACCCCUACACACACUGUUGUUUUCAUUUAGAAUACUUAUACUUUGUUCCAUUUAGCUACUCUGAACCAUAAUUAUAAAGGUUUUGUGCCAAGUUGAAAAUACUCAUAAUAUGGCAAAAAAAAAAGGCAUAAAAUAGAAGAUUUGCUAUCAUUACAGCCAUGUAAAGAUAUGUGCACAUAUAGGUAUAGAUUGGAAGUGGAUGUUCAAGAAAUAAAACAUGGUUUUCUUAGGA